CGCAAACGUGCUCCCGAGAGCACAAUAGAAUUUUCAUAAAAAACAGUGGAAAUUAAUGAAGGAAAAUGAGAAUGAAAAAGAAGGAAUAAAACAAAGUGUAAAGUCUGCAACUUUUUUUUGGUGUAGCGUCUAGACUCUAGACUCCAUUGCAGCAGCAGCUCUAUCUCACAGUCACACUGGUGGAAUUCAAAAUGGAAGACAUCGAAGAUUUAUUGGCGGGAGAUGGAGGAGUUGCUCCGGGGUUUCGUUUACCCGUCACUUCUGUUAUUGGGUUAAACCCUAAGAAAAAACCCAUCAAAUCUAACCGUUUUUUAGUUCAAGACCCACUUCAAUCCAUCAUAAUUCCUGGCACCCAGAUAAUUUAUAUAAAAACUUUUGGGUGCUCUCAUAACCAGAGUGACAGUGAGUACAUGGCUGGUCAGCUAGCAGCCUAUGGGUAUACCUUAAGUGACAAUCCUGAGGAGGCAGACUUGUGGCUGAUAAAUACGUGCACAGUUAAAUCACCAAGUCAAUCUGCCAUGGAUACUCUUAUCUCAAGAGGAAAAAGUGCAAACAAACCCCUGGUCGUGGCAGGGUGUGUGCCACAAGGAAGUCGGAACAUAAAAGAGCUUGAAGGAGUUAGUAUAGUUGGCGUGCAGCAGAUUGAUCGUGUCGUAGAAGUUGUAGAAGAGACCUUGAAAGGCCAUGAGGUGCGGCUUUUAAAUAGGAAAACAUUACCCGCUCUUGACCUCCCAAAGGUGAGGAAGAACAAGUUUGUUGAGAUUCUCCCAAUUAACGUUGGUUGUUUGGGUGCUUGUACUUACUGUAAGACAAAGCAUGCACGUGGUCAUUUAGGAAGCUAUACUGUGGACAGCCUUGUUCGGCGAGUGAAAACUGUCAUAUCUGAGGGAGUUAGGGAGAUUUGGAUAAGCAGUGAAGAUACUGGAGCAUAUGGCCGUGACAUUGGAGUUAAUCUUCCUAUUCUUUUGAACGCGAUCAUUGCGGAGCUUCCCUCCACUGGAAGCACAAUGCUUCGUGUUGGGAUGACUAACCCACCUUAUAUUCUUGAACACCUGAAAGAAAUUGCUGAAGUAUUGUGUCAUCCUUGUGUAUACUCCUUUCUUCAUGUUCCUGUUCAAUCUGGGAGCAAUGCUGUCUUAACUGCUAUGAAUCGAGAAUAUACAGUAGAAGAGUUCAGGACUGUGGUGGAUACGUUGACCAAACUGGUCCCAGGGAUGCAGAUCGCAACUGAUAUUAUUUGUGGUUUUCCCGGUGAAACCGAGGAUGACUUUUGCCAGACUGUUGAGCUUAUUAAGGAUUAUAAGUUGGCUCAAGUUCAUAUUUCACAAUUCUAUCCUCGUCCUGGUACUCCUGCUGCAAGGAUGAAGAAAGUGCCAAGUGCUAUAGUAAAGAAACGAAGUCGUGAAUUAACUGCUGUUUUUGAAUCCUUCACUCCAUAUAACGGGAUGGAAGGGCUGGAGGAGAGAAUAUGGAUCACUGAUGUUGCAGCAGAUGGAAUUCACUUGGUGGGACACACCAAAGGAUACAUACAAGUAUUGAUCACUGCUUCAGAAAGCCUUCUUGGUGCUUCAGCUAUUGUAAAGAUCACUUCUGUUGGAAGAUGGUCCGUUUUCGGUGAAGUGAUUGAGGUUCUGUGUCACAGUUCCCAAGAUGGACCGUCCAGUAAGGAGGAACCGAGUGACAGUAGACUCUCUUCAUGUGGUGCGAGUGAUGAACCUUGUGCAUGCUCUAAAGAGCCAGAAGCAUGCUGUAAUGCAGUGAAGUGCACUGAUACUUCAGAAGUUAUUGCUGUGGCCGUCAAUGGCAAUCCAGGCGAAGAUGAUAAAAAACAUGAUGCACUGAGGAAACGAAACAGCCUUUUGAUGAAAGAUUCUGAGAAUACAGUUCUCCGGCAGCCCAACUUGAAGGAAAAUUCUAGCAAGGCAAGAGCAAGCGUAGCGCAGUGGAAUUUUGUUGAUAAAUCUCUUAUUGCUGGUAUAUUUCUGAGCUUUUUAGUUGCUGUAGCUUCUGUUUUUCAACUAUGGUUUAGGAAGGUGAUGUCUAGCUAAUUCUCAGCAACUAAUUUAGAGUGGUUGUCACAAGACAUAGUGAGACCAAUUUUGUUACGUUGUAUUGGUAAUUCAAUUUUGCUUAUGAUGUUCAAAAACUUUAUCACAAUUAAAGUAUAUGGCCAUUUUUGGCCUAUUUGUUGGCUCA